AAGUAAGCCCGUAUUCUUGCGUUGUGUUUACGAAGCGUCUGUGCUUGAAUCCUUGAAAUUUAAUUUAUGAAGAAUCGAUGCUCCGACACGACAGCUUCGUCGGGCUAAUUUUAACACAUGGAUGCCAGGGUGAAUCUGUUAGCUGACAGCAUGCAUGGGCCUGGACAGAAUGAAGACAACAGUAAAUAUCCAAAGAGAAGUAAUUCAUCUGGUUCCAGUAGCCGAAGCUUGCCUCCACAAAAUGCUACAGAGACUACAACAUUGUCACCAGGAACUCAGCAGACAUACUUCUCAGAAGAAAAAAUUACAAUACCAGAUAUAGAUGGUGGUUCCUGGUUUAGUUUCAGAAAACUAUGGGCUUGUACUGGCCCUGGAUUUCUCAUGAGCAUUGCAUAUUUGGAUCCUGGAAAUAUUGAAUCGGACUUGCAAUCUGGAAGUGUUGCACAGUAUAAACUAUUAUGGGUGUUAAUGUCAGCUACUGUGCUUGGUCUGGUAAUGCAGAGGCUCUCAGCACGUCUUGGUGUUGUCACUGGCCUUCACCUAGCAGAAAUGUGCUAUCGCCAGUAUAGAAAAUUGCCUCGAAUAUUUUUGUGGAUAAUGGUAGAAGUUGCCAUUAUUGGUUCAGAUAUGCAAGAAGUUAUUGGUACAGCCAUAGCCAUAUAUCUUUUGUCAAAUAGGGUAGUCCCACUUUAUGUGGGUGUUCUAAUAACAGUUGUUGACACAUUUACUUUUUUGCUGCUCGACAAGUAUGGACUUCGCAAACUAGAGAUGCUCUUUGGUUUUUUAAUUUCUGUUAUGGCUGUUACCUUUGGUUAUGAGUAUGUUGUUGUGGCACCUGAUCAAGGGGAAGUUGUGAAAGGUCUGUUUUUUCCAUGGUGCUCAAACUGUGACAGCACAGCAUUACUCCAAGCAGUUGGGAUUGUUGGAGCAGUCAUUAUGCCACAUAACCUGUACCUGCAUUCAGCAUUAGUCAAGUCUCGAGAAGUCGACCGAAGGAAGCCAGAGAAAGUCCGUGAAGCAAAUAAAUACUUCUUCAUCGAAGCUUGCAUUGCAUUGUUUGUGAGUUUCAUCAUCAACAUUUUUGUGGUUUCAGUAUUUGCAAAAGGAUUGUAUAUGAAAACGAAUGAAGCUGUGUAUGAUCAGUGUGUGUCGAGCAACAAUAUACAUUACGAUGUUUUUCCGAACAACACUCAAUUGGUAGAUGCUGAUAUUUAUAAAGCUGGAGUCUUCUUGGGGUGUUAUUUUGGCAUAGCAACAAUGUAUAUAUGGGCAGUUGGCAUUUUAGCAGCUGGGCAGUCGAGUACUAUGACUGGAACAUAUGCAGGACAGUUUGCAAUGGAGGGAUUCCUGAAUCUACAGUGGUCAAGGUGGAAACGAAUCCUCUUCACAAGGACAAUUGCCAUUGUCCCAACAUUCUUUGUAGCAUUUUACAGUGAAAUAAAUGAACUAUCUGGCAUGAAUGACUUGUUAAAUGCUAUAAUGAGUCUACAAUUACCAUUUGCUACUAUACCAACAAUAGCAUUUACGAGCAGUCAAAAAAUUAUGGGUGAAUUUCAAAACGGAAUUGUAAUGAAUACAAUAUCCAUAGCGUUAUCAGUUGUUGUUAUCACUAUAAACAUUUACUUUGUUGUUCAUACGACGACAGAAUCUGUAACUGGCUGGUACUGGUACAUGCUGAUAUGUAUAUAUGCAGUAUUUUACUUGAUCAUGUGUGUAUAUUUAAUUAUGCACAUGAUGAACAGUAUGGCUCCAGGCAAAUUUGGUAACACAUUUAUUGCUAGACUGACAGAAGGGCCAGUCCCAGGGGACUUUGGAUUAAAUGGUGAUAAAUCGAGAAGCCUCUCAUCAUUUUCCAUCCAAGAUGGUCAACAAGCAGUGAGCACAGUUGUUACUUCUAAUAUGUAUAGUUAAAUUAUGGACUUCUGUUAUUAUAUUAGAUUUUACUGAAACUGUACAUGUGUUUAAUCUGUCUAGAUGUUUCCUUGUACAUUAUAUCAGCAAAAUAUUUUUAAAAAGUACUUAAGAGGCACAGCAGAAAAGUAAUGUAGCAGUCUUUAUAAAAGCUAUACAUAUUAAUUAUGUACCAUUCAGAGUUAUGUUGCAACGUUUGGAAAAUUUUCCUGCACAGUAGUCAUGCCGGAACUCUGCAUUCUGUUCACAUUCAACUGGUCUUAUACAUAGUACCAAAAUAGUGACUGUAAUAGUGAAUGGUCAGUUUAAGGACGGAAAACAUAGUGAUCUGCUCAGCCAUAUUUGUAAAUUGAGUUUGAGAAAAAGGGGAUGGGAGUGACUUGGGAAGGAGGAGAACCUAUGAGUUGCACUGUGUAUCCAAAAUUAAGUUACAGAGUGCACUGUUUAACAACAUAUUUUGCAUCACUCUAGUUAGUGCAGUUUUUUGCAACUUGUAAUUAGCUAGCUCUAUAUUGAAUAUUUGAAGCACUUCAUACUUCCAAUAUGUAAAGUUCUGUGAGGAAUUUUUUAUGUGGUGUGCCAAAAUUGUAUCUACAAAUCUGGGAUAGUUGGAAAGUUGAAAGACAGUUGUAAGGAUGGCUGUCAUAAAACAAGUGGGAGUUCCUUUUGUUUUACAUUUCCUCCCUUUUGCGAGUUCUUUUUAUUUUCUUUUUUUUCCCACAUGGUAGACUGACUGAAAGCCAGUCCCUACUUAUUCCCUGAGGUGUGUCAUUGUGCAUUUUCAUUGGUUUUUAAUGUGCAAGAUUUUCCAAAAACUGGUGACAUAUUAAGCAGUUUUAUUGGCAUUGGGAAAGGUAUUUGUCCAUCUCAGCUGUCAUAUUACACGCAAAAAUUUUAUUACUCAGUGCCAUUUGAAUUUUUUUUUCUUGUGCUGUUAUAACACAGCAUAAUAAAGCACUUUUUAAAAACAUUAUGGAACUUCAUUCAUGUCAAAAAAGAAGUAUGAUUCACUCUGCAGCUCAGUGAAAUCUUGGCAGCUAGUCUACCCUUGUUGUUUUUCACAUUUCUUAUGUAAAUGCAUAACUCAUUAUAUUUUUUACCAGUUUACCCACCAUCAAUUAUUUUUACUGUCUCACUUUCUCUUGAAAAUAAUUUAGAAAUUUCUUGGUUUUAUUUUCUGUCAAAUGGGUAUUCGUGGCACUUAUCUAUUAAACUUGUAACUGUAGGAAUAGUGUAUAUUCUGAGAAUCCACAUCUACAGUUACUUUCCUGCUUGCUAUCUGAAGUUGGACAGUAUCUUAACAAAGAUGCUGUACUAAAUGUCACACUAAGAAGAAACACAUUUGUUGUGAAUUUUUCAACACUUAGCAUUAGACAUGUUGCCAGAGCUUUUUUGUAGUCUGUUUCAUUAAAGUAUUUGCAUUGCUUGAAGAAAUACAGCAACCAACAAAUUAUAGCUUUAUUUUAUGCAAGGAUGCCUUUUUUUGGCUUUCACCCAUCUUCAACUUGUGUAUUACAUUUAUAUCUUCAUAAACAUAAUGUUUCUUUAUCAACUGAAUUUUAAAUUUCUGCAGCUGCCUUGUGCAAAAUAACAAUUUGUUUAGCUACCACAUUUCUUGAAUUUUCUAUUUAAAGUUAAUUGAUAAUUAGGUGUACUCAUUUUUAUUCUGUAAUUUGUGGCUCCUUUCUCCCCCUUCAUGUGAAUGGCACAAUAAAAUUGUCUGGUUGCUGUACUUCAAGUAGUGAAAUCCACAGCCAUGGAGCUCAGUUACUAUUAACAUGGAUAAAUGAGUGUCUUUGAGCUUUCUUGAGUCUCUGAUAGAUAAUUUUAGUUUCUUUAGAACAUAGUGAUGUAUUUCAUUUUAUGUAAACAAAUUGCUGCAUCUCUGUCCCUCUCCCCCUCUCUCCCCCCCCCCUCUCUCUCUCUCUCUCUCUCUCUCUCUCUCUCCCUCUCUCGCUCCCUCCCUCCCUCCCCACCUCCUUUUCUCUGCACCCUGCUGCCCCCCUUUAUAUUGUUUCAACAAUAUAAAAACACAUUGUUAAGAUCUGUUCAUGGGUAGAAACCCCUAAUAGAUCUGAAGUUACGAUUUUUGAAGACUUUCUCCAUGCAACAAAUGGAAGCUGCAGACAACUAACGUAACAUUUUUCUUGUUUUGUAUCUGAAACAUUUGAGAAUUAAUUGUAAUAUGAUGUCGUAUUAUUAGUUUUCCAAAAUAUGCUGUGUAGUUCACAGAUAAAGAAAGACUAUUCCACCACUAGGGUUGUAACAAAAAAAUAUGUACAUAUUCCAGAUCUGUUCAUAGGUAGAAACCUCUAAUAGAUCUGAAAAAUACUGCUGUGCUGCAGAUUCUUUAUUUUUAUAGUACACCAUUUGAUAUCUUCAUAAAUAGAUUGAGUCCUAAAUAAAUGAAAGAUGUCUGUUGUUUAUUGCCCAUCUAGAUGCUGGAACAUUAGUGGGCAAAUAGACACUUCAUUGUGAUUGCUUAGUAGAGACUGAUAUGUAAUUGUAUUCUGUCUAGUAUGUUGUUUGUUAGUUGUAUACAUUUCAUGUAGACUGAGUGUUAUUCACUCGCAUGCUAAUAAAGUAUUUCUUCACUCAAUUAAUCAAUGUUAAUAUAAGUUGUUGACUGUUGUUUUGUUCAUAAUUAAAGAACUGUUAAAGAUACAGAAUGUAACAUCUGUUUAUACUGUUUUGUAAUGUGACAGGUAUGACAUAGGUGGUUGUUCACUGUCUCUGUCAUUUUUGACAACUGUGGCAAAAAUCUUGCCAGAAUAUGAAUUUUAACUGUAAUUUUGGAUAACCUGUUGGUACAGAAAAAAAUAUUGACAAAUAAUCACCAUGCUACAAAUGACAGCACAUCUGAAAAAAAUAGUGUUUAUUAUGCAUACAAUUUUAUGUUAAAUCUCUGUAACUGAUUUUAAAAAAUAUAUUUUCAUUUUAUUAUUA